UUCCCAAUCUUCACUCUUUUGAGAAUAAAUAACUAGCAAAAAUGGGUCGUAUGUAUACUUCUGGUAAGGGUAUCUCUGGUAGUGCUCUCCCCUAUCGUCGCUCUCCCGCUUCUUGGGUCAAGACCACCUCCGAUGAGGUUGUUGAUAUGAUCUGCAAGAACGCCAAGAAGGGUCUCUCCCCUGCUCAAAUUGGUGUCAUCCUCCGUGAUUCUCACGGUAUCCCUCAAGUCAAGUCCAUCACUGGUAACAAGGUUCUCCGUAUCCUUAAGUCCAACGGUCUUGCUCCUGAGGUCCCCGAGGAUCUUUACCAUCUUAUCAAGAAGGCCGUCUCCAUCCGUAAGCAUUUGGAACGUAACAGAAAGGAUAAGGAUUCCAAGUACCGUUUAAUUCUCAUCGAGUCUCGUAUUCACCGUCUUGCUCGUUACUACAAGACCGCUGGUCAACUCCCUCCUACCUGGAAAUAUGAGUCUGCCACUGCCUCUGCUAUGGUUGCCUAAGCGUCUUCUCCAAAGAAUCUCUAAAGUACUUGCAAGAAAAGAGUUCUUUUUAUAUCUUUUUCAUAUUUAAAAGAAUUGUUUACUUUUUUUAAAAGUAUCUAAUUAAACGGAAUUACUUCCAUUUGAAAUCCA